AAUAAGUCCCCAACAAACGCUCGCCGCCGAACGCUCUGAAGUUUUCAUUGAACAGCCAAAGUGCGCGGACGUUUCACAAUCGUAUAACGCGCGUCGCUGUCGGUUGGCCGUUCGGUUGGAGUGUGCGCAGCAAAAGUGUAGAAGCUAUAAAUCAGUUUUGAAAAUGUUGUUCUGUUAAAUUUGAGAAAUAUUCACCGUUGUUUAUAUGUUAUCUUUGAAAAAAAGUUUGAAAGCACGUGUGAAAAUCGAUUUAAUGAUAAACUUUACCUCAUUUCGCAGUUCAAAAAUUUAUUUAGCUGCAAUAAAAAGCCCAAUUUAGUUAUCAUAUCAACGAUAAAUUAAACGAGUAAAUAUCGGCAAUAAUAAAGAAUUAAUGAACUCAUGCGUUCUUCAAUAUGCAACAACAACAAUAAUAAUAUUUAUAUUUAGUCUUCACCAUUGCAUGGUUUGUUGUGGGUGGCAGCGACGAGUGGUGCUACAAUAAGCUGGUGCGUGUGUGCAGUUAGUGCUUUUAGACCCGAGCAGUGUAAUUCGGUAGUGAAUUUAUUUGCUUAGAAAAUGAACAAUGAUAACUUUGGCUUUCCCUCGCAUGGCGAACGGUUGCUGCAGGCGCAAAAUCGACGUAAAUUCAGUUUUCCCGCCACAUUGAGUUCCGCCUCGCUGUUAGAGGUGAAUCAGAAUAUUACACGUCGACGCCUCAGCAAUGUGAGCGAUGUUGUCACGCGGAAAUUGUCCUAUACAAUCGGCUGGAAGGCAACGCAAAUACCGACACAAGAUAUAAUUUCACAGGGACGCUGCAUAUGCGGUCAGUACAUACGGAGACGUCUGCGUCGUUCCGGUUUGUUCAAUAAGAAGUUGGGCUUUCAACGCAUACGCAGCAUACUUGGCACUUCCUCGAUGGAAAUAGUACGUGAGGUAUUCCCAGCUGUGAUGGUGCUCGGCGACGAGCUAGAGCGCAUGCACCCGCGUAUCUACACAGGUGUCGCAAGGCAAAUUUGUCGUGCGCCGGGCGGUGAAUUUCACUCGGCCGAAACGAUUACACUACUUUUAGGUGCGGUAGGUCGUGAUCUGUUUCGUUCUGAAAUCACCUGGAGUAAAGUUAUAUCUCUCUUUGCCAUUGCCGGUGGACUUUCGGUGGAUUUCGUGCGGCAAGGUCAUCCCGAGUAUGUACCAAAAUUGGUAGAUGGUGUGUCGGAGGUGAUUGAAGACGAAUUGGUGUCGUGGAUUAAUGAAAAUGGCGGUUGGGUUGGUCUCAACACCCACGUGUUGCCGGUUGCGAGUAAUUUUAGCCCUUUAGAAUGGACGACCAUAAUUAUUGGCUGCAUUUUUGGUUUAUUUGUCUUCUAUAUGCUUUUAAGAUUUAUAUUUUUCUAUAUAGUGCCAAAAGUGUAUCACCGUCUGACAUCAUAGCUUAGCUAUAACUAAGUAAUUUCCUAUUUUUAUGUACGAGUAUUUCUCCAUACAUUACUUAUUUAGUUUUAAAUAUAAAGGAAAUAUUAGUUAAUAUUGUAUUAUUAGCAAGAAAUAAAUAAAUUUAAUUGUUUUUGUAUAUAUAUAAACUGCAAUUGUUAUUAUUUUAUUUUGAUGAAUGAUUUUUUUUUUCUUUUUUAUAUCAUGAAUAUUUGUUUUCAGGAUAAGAAAACGUUAAUUUUGUAAAAAAAAAAAACAAAUCGUUAUCUGUCUAACGGUAUUUACUGCUAAAAUUGCUAUAACUAUCUAUGAAAUAACGUCAGUAGUUCAUAAUGCAACAACAUAUCUUGAAAUUAAUUAAUUGUAUAAUCAGGUCUGUCGAAAUGUUCAAUAAAGUAAUGGAGAUCGUAUAUCAAAUACCAUAUCGGUAUCGCUAGGAACUGCAAAGCCGAUGACCUUGCCCAUAAGGGCACCCAAGGUGCAAUCGCAUCAGAUUAGGAACAAGACCCACUAACCUCAUGCCGCAUUGGUUCAGUGAUCGUCGAAUUAACACGGCGUUGGACAACGAUCAGUAUCUGUGCGACUGCGUGAUCUAUCUGUCAGGAGAUCAACUGAGCUAUUUGCUCUUAGCAAGAUUAAGGUAUAAUUAGAGGUACUAUAACAUAUCGCCAUACCCAUAACCAUUGUCAUAACCGUAACGAUAUUAACUAUUAUCGAUUAUUGGUGCCAUAACCAUAAACAGUUGAUCUUUCAUUCGGAAUUUUUGUUUUAAUUUCAAAAGUGCCAAACAAACCAAAUAAAAUGAGCAGUCUAAUUCUACCUUUAAGCUCGCCGUAAUGAUAGGAAUCCUUACUGCACACUGGCCGAUGGGGCUACACGCCGUGAGCCUAAAUAUCCUGACGGGUGCAAAUUGCAAAAAUUCCAUGGAAGAAGGUGAGAUUGAGGCACCGAGACACCUUCUCCUUCUAACUUUCGCUAGCUCUGGCUGAAAUAUCUUGACAGAACGAAUUUCAGACAAACAGUUGAACGGUCCCGAAUAUAAAUUACUUGCCUGUGCAAGUUCGUAAAAGACUCAAAGCACUUUGUCGACACUUAAGUGCUUCGGGCAUCCAUUUUGACGAGUUUGCGGCAUCAUGAAGAACUGGGGACUUCAGCUGUCCAAUUGGGAUCUCAUGUCGCACAGGGAUCCGCCCUUUAACCUAAGCUUCCUUAACCUAAUAGAAAUCGUCAAAUCCGGCUGUCAUGUAAACACAGUUUCGAUUGCUCAUGGGGUUAGCGUUGCACAAAAAACUGUUUGGAACCAUUUAAAUAAGGUUGGCUACAAAAUGAAGUUAAUGCAAGAAAACCUCUUGGAAUAAAUUUCUAUGGGGCAUAGGUGUUGAAAAGUGUAUCAACAAGACUGCGCUUCUUCCUAAACAUCUCAUCAAUCAAUGAUGGAUGGAGAGAACUUCACCAAGAUCGUGUACUAUCACACCGUUAGAGUUUUUUCUGUGAGGAUAUGUAAAGUCCAAAGUCUAUGCGAACAAUCCUGCUUUGUUACAGUCCUUGGAGCAAAACAUCACGAGUGUCAUUCGCCAGUUACCAGUCGAACUGCUCGAACGAGUUAUCGAAAAUUGGACUCAAUGGAUGGAUCAUUUGAGAGGUAGAGGUAGGAAUGACCAUAAACAUUCCUCAUUAAAUUUGAAUUUUAUGUUUUUUUUUUCUUUAAAAAAGUAGUGAACCUCGAAAUGGAUCACCCUUUAUAAUAAAGUUUUUAAAAAUUACAUUUCAAUUGAAAUAUAACGGAUAACGGAAAGAGAAGUGCAAACAUGAGUUUCCCCAAAUGGUAUGUGUCCGCGCUUUCAACUGGUUUGAAGCAUUGCUAAUAUAAUUUCCUCACACGAAAAGCACAACUAGCGCGCAUGUCAACAAUUACAGUUAACUCUUUCCAGCACACACAGUUUUAACAGUUUCAAAGCUCGGCAAAGCACACAGCUGAUUGGUGUUUUCUUUUUAUUGGAGCCAACUGAUCGACAUAUCUGGAUAUGCUAAGUGAUUCCAGCGCUAGCGCUGUUACUUAGCGUAUUUUUGUGUCGUUUUGUAUGCGGCGUAGACUCUCUUGCUUAUACACAAGCAAGAGCACACGGCGACCUAAUGUGCCGACGUUAUUAGACUACGGCGUUAGGCAGCUUAGCUCCAAAUCAAAUCAGUCCAACCUUCCAGCCCGUUCUGUUCGUGUGUUAUGUGUUUUGAUGCCGGAGCGGUACGGAGCGCUAACGAAAAGUAAUCAGCAAAUUAAACAAUAAAAACAGUGUGCAAACACAGUGGCUCAAUUGACUCGUGUAUUUUACGCCGACUUUUUCGUAUUUUAAUUUUAUUAUUAUCAAUUAAUUAAAACGCGUACGCCUACCGCUAUACAAGGGCCGCAGUCGUCGUGUCUUUGCUGGUUCAUCUCAAGUCAUACAUUUUCCUUAAACGCUUAAGUUCUACACUUUUUUGACUUUAAUUUACUGGUUGCCCAUUCAUUUUAUCACCGAAAGAGAGAAAACGAUUGAAAAAAAAAAUGAAUUAAUGUUGGAAUUCGCGGCUUUGACAGUGGAUUGAGGCAAAGGCAAAAGUAAACAAGAAAUAAAUAAAACAAUUACUGCUGAAAGUGGAAGCGUAGACAAGCACGCUAUAUAUAUUUUGUGUUUGUUUUUCUUUUUCUCAUUUUACUUAAUCAAAAAUCAACGAAAUUCAAAGGAAAGCAGACAGAAAAAAUUAAUUUUCAACGUUGCAAAACUUGAGCUCACGACGUUGAGAAGUAUAUAUGUAUGUAAGUUCGUCGCCAUCGCUGUUCGUAAUCGUCGCUUGCGCUGUUGCUGUCGCUGUCGCCGCUACAGCUGAGAUCAAAAUUAAGAUUGAGAUCAGUAUUGAGCGGCCGAGAUCAUCGCAAAAGUCAUCGCGCAGGUAAAACGAGACCGACAAAACCGAUAGAAAUGAGAUGAACGCACCAAAGUUUGCUUUGCUGCCUUGGUGACUUGACAAUAGUCGAAACAAUAGACAAGUGAAAAAUAGUGAAGGCUGUGGAAAGAAGCAGAGAAUAAAAUCAAAUAAAACAAAA